AUGUUCGCUCCCAUCAACGCCCCCGCCCAUCUCUCUACCCGUGACAGCCGCCCUGGCCCGGGGAAUUCCGGGUUUCAAGACGAGUAUAACGAGACGCGCAACACGGUGCAGACAGGCGCACGCAUCAUCAGCAUCGGUGCCAUCGUCGGCAUCGUCAUCGGCGCCCUAGUCAUGACCGGCCUCCUGGUAGCCGUCUGCCUCCUCGUGCGCCGCCGCAACAAGCGCCGUGCCAACAACGCCGCCAUCUCCGACACGGGCGUCAUUGGUCCCGGCGGCAGGCACAGCAACGUCUCGUCAAACAUGCCGUCCGGUUACGGCUGGGAAGCCGGCAUUAACGGUGCGCAACCGCAGCAGCAGCAGCAGCAGCAGCGGCCGAUAUAG